UAAUCUCAUAAAUCGAGUUAUAUGUCAUAUUAUUUGGCAAUUAUUUUUUGCUGUGAGUGGAGUGAUCAGUGAUAACGAUAAACGUGACAAUAAGACAGUCAGCACAUUUUGAAGAAAACAUUUUAUAAUGUCACAAAAUAAUAACCCAUUUUCCGAAUUAAUUGGAAGCAAAAAUAAUGAAUCUAGUAGUGGCAGUUCAGAAUCUAUUUCAGUACAAAAACAACUAACAUCAAAGAAAAGCAAUGAAAAUCAGUGUGUUCAAACAAUCAACAACAUCGUCGAAAAUGUUUUCCAUUUUACUAUAAAUGCAGAUGCUGCCGAUGAAAAGUCUGGCAAGCAGCUUGUUUAUCUGGAAGAAUUAGCGCAAGUUAUGAAUUUAAGUUGCAUUGACUUGCAGACUUUAGAACAAGCUCUAUUUGAAAGAUUACUUCUCGGAGAUAUUGAAAAAAAUGUGAUCCCCAAAUCAAGCAAAGUUUUCAAAGAACAUGUUGUUCAAAAACUUGUUUUCCCUUACUUAUUUAACUCUAUGCAAAAUUUGCAAAGCUAUGAGAAUAUAAAUGAUGAUAUCGUAAGAAAUGGUAUCAAAAAGAUGAAAGAACUAAUAUUUAGAAAUGCUGUAACUGUCCUUAAACAACCUGCAUUAUUUGAAGACCAGGAUUUUGCAAAUCAACUUUUAGAACUAUUACAGCAUGUAGAUCCUCAAAGUCACAUAUUCUUUAUUGAUUUAGUAGAAGCGUUCAUGGCUGAAGGACAUGCAGAAUCAAAAGACCAAUUGAGAGAUAUAAUGAUUCCAGUCCUGAAAAAAAUGUAUAUAGAGCUAAAAACUUUUAAUAUAAUUGACUUGCCAAUUUAUAUUUUGCCAUCUAUUAAUUUAUUUGCAAGUAGUCCAUUUUUAGCACCAAUUUUAUUGGAAGCAUGUGAGCCAGAAGAUGAAACCAUUGGUAUUAAUUACCAAAAUACAAUUAUAGGUGGAUUACUUGCUUUGUCUCCUCUACCAAGAACAGCAGCAGGGCCUCAGGUCUUUUUUGAUAAUCCAUUGGAUCAGACAUCUAUAUCAAUGACAGAAACGUCUCUUUGGAAUGCUACAUCACAUCUUAUAAAUAAUAUGCACAAAGUAUUUUUGACACUGUUAAAGGCGGGCCCAGACAUUAAAUAUAGGCUAUUACGAUGGAUUGCAAAAUGUCUGAAGAAUAACGCAGCUAGGGGCAAAUUGUGGAAUAUUCAGGGUGGUGAAUAUAACUCGUUCACAUUAAAUUAUGUGUCAGAUGGUUUUAUGUUAAACCUUGGUGCAGUUUUAUUACAACUUUGUCAACCAUUCUGCUCUGUGCCAAAUGAUCCCAAGUCCCUUAAGAUAGAUCCAACAUAUGGAGCUGUACCUCCUGAAGAAUGCGAAGCAAAAUUAGUUCACUUGGACUGCCUUCAUAGGGAAACAUGUCUCCUCCCAGUUCGGGAGACUGAAGAGGGAGUAACUGUUAAACGUCCAACCGCUGAGACAUACAACUUUGUUACUGAAUGUUUUUUUAUGACACAAAAGUGUAUUGACUUAGGUUUCCGCGUUUGUGUGGAAAAGCUGUACCGGUGCAGCCAAGAAGUGAACAGGGCCCAACGACAAGCGGAGGUGGCCGGAUCCGCUAGUAAUUUAGUGGAACGCUUAUUACAAUUUCAUAUGGCCAAAUAUUUAUGCCUCCGUUGUGCGUUGUUAGAGAAAGACACUCUCACUAACCUGCAUCGCUUCCAAGCGAUGACCUGCACAUGGCUGGUCCAGGUCUCGAUUCGAGAGAACGAGACCAGAGCGUGCUAUGCGCCGGGCAGCCUCUUGCCCGUGGAGCUGCCCGUCACCACGCCCCCGCCUGACACACUGAGAUGCAUUCCUGAAUUUGUGUUGGAAAAUGUAAUAGUUGUCUUAACGUUGACUCGGCGCAUGGUCAGCGCCAUCAAUGAGGAGGCGGACCUGGCUGGACUGCUGCCACCUGCUUUGACGCUCGUUUUGGCCUUCAUGAGGGACUCGAGCAGGACCUACAAUCCACAUUUGAGAGCCCGUUUGGCAGAGUGCCUGGAAGCAAUGUUACCGAACCAUGGCACCGAUCCCCAACCGAUGAGCAGCAUGGCGUCUUUCUAUCGGGAACAAUUGUUUAAGGAGCAUCCUCACAGGCUGCAGCUAGUGCCGUGCCUCUUGGACGUGUUUGUGGGCAUCGAGAUGACAGGCCAAAGUGUCCAGUUCGAACAGAAGUUCAACUACCGCCGACCCAUGUACGUCGUCAUGGAGUUCCUUUGGGGCAUACAGGAGCACCGGGAUGCUUUUACUCAUCUCGCAAACGAAGCAGAAGCGAACAUGGAGGCGGUUCAUCCGCCAAUUUUCCUUCGCUUCGUGAAUUUGCUGAUAAACGACGCCAUUUUUCUUUUGGACGAAGCUCUCAGCAAUAUGGCCCAGAUACGCAUCAUGCAAAAUGCACGAGGAUCGGGCGCUUGGGCAUCCCUUCCCGCACAUGAGCGGGAGCAGAACCAGGCAAAUCUGACCCAUAUCGGAAUGCUGGCCCGUUUUGAUAAUAUUUUGGGGAAAGACACGGUUCGAACGUUAGCCCGUUUGACUGCGCACGCGCCGCACGUGUUCUGCCAUCCGACUUUGGUCGAUCGAGUUGCUUCUAUGCUCAAUUACUUUUUGUUGCACCUCGUGGGGCCUACCAAGAAGAAUUUUAAGGUAAAAGAUAUGAAAGAAUAUCAAUUCGAUCCGGCUGUAAUAGUCCUGGAUAUUUGUCGAAUGUAUGUGGAGCUCGGUUCCAACGAGAGGUUCUGCGCUGCGGUCUCUGACGACGGAAGGUCUUAUUCGCCACAGCUCUUUACCUUGGCUGAAAUGGUUUUGGCGAGAAUUGGAGGUGGUGGUUUAAUAUCGUCCCUACAAGAAGUGGCAUCCAGGAUCAGCACAAUGGCUGUACAACGAAAACGUGACGAGGACAUUCUGGCGAACGCACCGGACGAGUUCCUCGACCCCAUCAUGAGCACCUUGAUGCUCGACCCGGUUGUGUUGCCCAGCUCGAGGACAAUCGUAGACAGGACCACUAUUGCUAGGCACCUCCUAAGCGACCAAUCGGAUCCAUUCAACCGUUCCCCUUUGUCAAUGGACCAAGUGAAGUCGGAUACGGAUUUAAAGCAAAGGAUACACGCGUGGAUCGCAGAACAAAGGCAAAAAGUGCAAUUGCCUGAGAGCAAUGCAAGUACAAGUUCUUAAGUUGUUUAAAAAUAUCCAGUGUAUAUAAUUAUGAUACAGUCUCGCCCCCAAUCAGGUACGGUGCAGACCAUAUCAAAUAAUCCGGAAACAUUUAUUUUGCCGGAAAUCGAACCCGGGACCUACGGUACAGCGACAGAGGCGCAUUCAAUUCGUAACAUUGUGCCAGAAUAGUUAAUGUAAAUAAAUAAGUAGUUGUACAUCGAUUCCAUAUGACCACAAUUGUGGACAAGAAAAUAUUUUAAACGAGUUACUUCAAUUAGUUGGUUAAAUUCAAUUUCUGAAUGUGUUAUUUUACUUUAAUAGCAUUUAUUAAACAAAAUCCUUCUAAUUACAGUUUUAACCAAUCCACUGUUCCCUUUUCUUGGCAGAGUAGACGUUCUUUGAUAGUGUAGUUAAAUUGCUGUAAUUAGAUUGUGUAAUGGGUAAGGAGGGGGUAUCUCCUAAGUUUUCGUUUUGAAAAUUUUCUUGAGAUAUUUUGACACUGCAUUUCCGUUUUUUUUUUUUUUAUUUAUUUCCGUAGUUAAUUAUUAUUGAUUUUGCGUGACGGAUUUAAUGUGGCACCGCUUUAGUUACAUCUAGCCCGUAAUCGGUUAAUUGAUAAGGUUUUUACAGUUAAAUAGCCGUAAGGGUUUUAGUGCUAAGGUUCUUUCGUUUCCUUUAGAGAGUCUAUUAAAACCAUUAUUCAUAACCUAUAUUUGAGGUUAAAAAUAAACUUUUUUCCAUUAAUUUUGUGAUAUUAUUUUAAUAAAAAAUUUAUAAUUGCUCAAUGUUUUGAAGUGAUUUGCUUUUCAAGUUAUAUUACUUGUUUUCCCACCAAUGUAUAUUUUUGUGGUUUCUUUAUGAAGUAGGAUACAUAGAAAGCAUGUCUAAAGCGUUUAUUAUAUAUAUUUCUUGUUAGAAAAUAAACAUAUUUAUUUUUGUUAGUCAACUCUAUUUGUUCGUUUUUUGGACUGUUGAAUUAAAUUUUUUUUUGCUAUUUACACUUUUUAAGGUAAGUUUCAAUUGAGACUUAGCGCCAAAUUUUCUUUCCUAGUGUCAAAUCCGAUACCUUGUUUGACGUACGGGAGUCGGACUUAGCGAGUGUAAAGUAAUGAUUAUGAUAAUUACAUUUAGUGUAAUAAAGUCGUCGUUCCAAACGGUACCAAGAGACUACUUAUUUUGUAUGAUCUUGUAAUGUAAGAACACAAUUGUUAUAAAAUGAGAAUAAACUUUUUGGUAUAA